AUGCAGUCGCUGUGGCGGAAUUCAUGCCGCACUCGGACGUUGCUGCACAUUCCGCAGCCGAGGCGUCCAGAAUGGAGACACUCAGAUGCACUGAAUGUCGUGGAGACGCGAAUGCCAAACACCAUCUUGUACGCGCGACGUACUGUGUAUGGCAAUGGUAUCAUACAACAUUCUGGGAUGCGACGUGGUGCGAGUGAUGUGGCUCACUCUUCCUCACCUCCAGUGACCGACACACACGCCGCUGCAAACUGUAGUGGUGCGCUGGUGCAUCUCACUCAGGUCGAUAUGUUUUCGCAAUCGCGAAUCAAAAACUACAUUCAGCGCGUCACGACGCCCACCGGUAACAACAAUUGCAGCAGCAGAAGCGUCGGUGUCGCGACUGCACCGCGGCUGUUGAGUGAUGCAGAGAGAACAGUGUAUGCGGCCAAGAUCGGACGCGGGUGUGCGGAAAAAGUGUGGAUCUCAUCCUUUGACCUACCUGUGGACGUUCUCGUGAACGCGAAGAUCUCGCGCCAAGCAAUCACGGUUACCGGUCUCGCGAUGGAGGCGAAGCUGGCAACUGUGGCGGCGUGCAUGCACGCCGAGCGCUGCCUCGACGCGUUGAGCAUCCCCCUCUUCACGUCGGAGCGGCGCCAGCAUCAACGCGUACUACAGGCCGAGGCGGAGGGUCGCACUGCCCCUGAGAUCACAGCCGAGCCGCUGGAACUGUCGUCGCUGCAGCUGCCACUCGGCGUCUUCCUUCCUGCUGCCACUUCUGCUGAGGUUAUUCGAGAAGCCGGGAAGACACGGUCUUUUCAGCCAUUGCAGACCUCCUCGACACCGACGAGCCGAGGGCGUGAUGGCGAGGUGGGCACUACAUCUGGUGCGUCGACCCAAGACCAAAGUACACGGCCUUAUAGGGGCCUCCUUCGGCGUCCCGCGCGCCGCUGGGAUGCGAUUAAGCCUCGGUAUGGCGCUGAGUGGUUCAUUCGCGUAACCCUUGAGGAGCUCGCUACUCUGCAGUCGACGAUCUUGGAGCACAAUCGACCGCUUGUAGACGACGAAGAUAUGGAGGAAAUGGACGCUGUCGUCAUCCCUGCGAACGAGGUUGAGGUUCUGCAGGCGGAGGUGGUGCCCGGCAACGGUAGUGGUGCUGCAGCCGCCGCCGACACUGUAAGCAAUACUGGUUACCGAGAUGCGCACGGCCUGCACGUGCCGUCCGCGCCGAAGGUGCUCGCGUACGAGGAGAGACUGGUUAGCAUCGAGUCCAAGUCGGCGCAAGAGAUGGUGGACGAGACGGAGGGCCGCACCUUUGACCUGGUCGAGGACGACUUCGAGAGUUGGUACCUCGAGAAGGAAACACCCAACAGUCCCUGCCUGCGUGACCCGGGCGCGGUGGCACGUGUGAGCAGGUAUCUGGAGCGCGUGACAGGGCACGACUUCGACUCCAGUGUCCAGACGCGGUCGUCGGAGGAAGACACAAAUGUGUGGCAGCAGCGGCCCCUUAAGGUGAGUGUGAAGCUCAAAACGUGGUACACCAUGUGGCUCGACAUUCCUGGAAUUCCAGUAUCUGCUGUAGGUAAGGCAACGACGCAAGAGGGGGCGCGUGACCUCUGCGCCAUGCACGCCGAACUUCUUCUGGGGUGGUUUGGUAUUCACGUGUACGAUACCCCUCGAGAGCAGGCAAUGUACUACGAUGCGUGCUUACGCUGGGGCCGCCUCAUCGCCGCCGAGCCCAUCGACCCAGCCACCGUUGAUGUGAAGACCGCGAAUUUGCCGAAGCCGCUGAAAGAGUGGUUCCGCAAUAUAAGCAAGCUCCGAGCCCGGCGUUCCGAGCGAAGCGUAGUGGAGAAGCUUCUUCAUCUCAACCGUGUGGUUGUCCACGUGGCUCGGAGGCAUCUUGUCGAGAUCAACAUUGUAGGCAGCCCCGACUAUGCAGAACUACUUUCACUGGCCGGCCCAUGCCUCCGCGCCUUCAUGAUUGCGAACCGGCACCCGUUCGAGAGCGCCACCUUCUGCUACGUCUAUACCAAAGAUAGCCAGUAUCGCUCGACUGUGUAUCUGCCUCUGCCAGAGCAGUACGGCGUGCGCGGUGGGUACGCUAUUGCGGAGACGCCCGCGUCCGCCAUUCUUUUGUGCGCUCUCCACGCUGUCGACGUACUGUGCGCGUUGGAUGUCGUGCCUGCGGUGUGCAUGGAACAGCCACGAUGGCAGCGUAUGAUGGAGUUGCGCGAGUCUCUCGGCCUCAUCCUGCCAGUCUCGUAUCAGUACAAGAAGCGACUGGCGCGCGUGUCUAGCCCAGAAGCAGCUGCCGCUCUUGGCCCGCCGCCGCCGCCGCCGCCUACGCGGCUGCGCUCUCCUCCCGCCUACCGCGACGUACCAACGUCAGCAACCGGUAGAAUCCCACCCUAUCGAGAGGUGUGGCAGAUCAUGUUAACCGACGCUGACGUGUUCGACGUUGCGCCUGACAUGCACGCGUUGAGCUCCGAGGCAAUGCGCCUACGUAUGUCUACCUGGUUUGACUUUCCGCAGACUCUGUUUGAGGAGUUUGCGCACUUCGCGUUCGGCUGGCGAAUCGGAGAGCGGCGACACGGUGAAUACCUGUUCCACUACGCCGGGCCGCAGCACUAUCGAGGCACCAGCCGCUUAAUCGCGAACAACUUCUGGAUGGAGCUGCCGCUUGAUCAAGCAGUGUACGGACGUCGAGUCGCACUCGGUCGUUGCUUCAACCGAAAAGGAGCAGAGCGGAUGAUGUACAUACACUCCCUCCGCAUCGCGCACACACUGAAGGUCACCCCGUGGGACACGCUACCGCUCUCAACGCUGGCGGAGAAUUUGUACGGCAAUGAUAUGGGCCGUGCCAAAUUGCGGCAUCAUCAAUGGAAGUGGAUCUGCAGCACACUGCUCGAAUGCAAUCACAUCGACGGUGUUACGGACCAGAAGCGUAAGGAGUGCGCUGCCGUACCCGAGGCAGAGAUCAUGCACGAGUUCGUUCGGUCAGUCGAGGCUGGGUCCGCUGCUACUGCCACUGGCUCCGCCUCUCCAGUCUCUUCGGAGGGCGGCAAUGUCGGUUCCUCCACCAUUGACCUGCGUCACGUGCUGUCACCACAUCCUGUGAUGUCACGUGACCUGGCGGUCAGAACUCUGAUUUAG